CAUCAUGUCAGCCUCUAGUAAAUACAUUUUCACUCACUUCAGACGUGCAUUUAAGCUUAAUUAUGUAGAUUUGAUGGUUAAUUGACAGACCAUUCAGCUUCCUAAAAAGAUGUAUCUCGAUUGGUACAUUCAGUAGUAUGAAAAACAAACACGUUGAUGAUAUCGAUCAAAAAGAAACACAUUGAUGAUAUUGAUCCUUUAACUACGAUUCACGGAUCCAAACAUAAGAUUGCUUGUGAAACAGUAUUCGGUAGCAUUUGAUAGACAGCAACUGAGGAUGGGAGUUAUCAUACCCUUUCACUAUUACAGAAGAAGAAAGGUUUUCAUUACUGGUUGUACCAUCAUUUUCCUCUUCAUCAUCAUCUUUUGCAAUGACAAAGCGUUUACUUAUACCAAAGAAUAUUUGGAAUCAUUGAAAAAACGGCAGUCUAGGGCAUCGCUUGGGAUUAAAAACUCGACAGGGAGUGGCCCCGUGCCUGUGGUGAUUUUGACGUAUAUGAGGAGUGGGUCGUCGUUUUGUGGGGAUGUAUUGCAAACCAGCGAUGACGUCUUCUAUCUAUUUGAACCACUGAGGAGUGUUCAAUUUCAUUUUAGAAAUAACAGUGCAUUUUAUUACCUUGACGACAAAAAGAGGUCAUACACAAAUUUUCUUGAUUUUGCAGCAAUAUUUCUGAAUGAUAUAUUGAGAUGUAAUUUCGAAAAUCUGCCUCUCAUUUUCUUCUCUGAUUGGUUUUUGAACAAAGGGCAUAAAUCAAAGGAAUUUGUUGCAUGCAUGAAUAAAAGGACUGCAACCAAUACCAGUGAAAUUUCAGCAAUAAGGCAAUGCACCCCGGUGAUGAAACGUAGCUGUCUGACCUCCAAACACAUAAUUAUCAAAACAAUACGCAUUCCUUUGACAACUUUGGUUCCUCUUGCAGAAUUAUUUCCAAAAUUAAGGAUAGUUCAUCUCUUACGAGAUCCACGAGCGACAUUGUAUUCUCAGUCUUUCUUCGGUAUGGUGAAUAAGGAUACCUCUCAAGAAUAUGCCACAAUGUUUUGCCGUCGAGUAUACGAUGAUCUUACUACAGCGAAACACACUUCAUCAUUACAGUCAAGUCGUUAUUUUUCAAUUUCGUACGAACAUUUGGCCAAAUAUUCGCUCGAGUCGACCAAAAAUCUUUACAAUUUUCUUGAAAUUGAUUUCAACGCCAGUGUAGUAUCACGACUAGAGAACUUAACAAAGGCAGAGAAAACUUGUGACGAAUCAGAACUGUGUACAAAGUCCACCAAUUCCAGCGCAGAAGCCGAUAAAUGGCGUCUCUCUAUUCCAUACAGCUUCGUUCAUACAGUGGACAGUGUUUGUCACAUGUUGUACAGCAUAGUUGGAUUGCAAAGCAUCCCUGAUGAGUAUCAUUUAAGGAACUUGUCGUUUUCCUUGAAAAGAAAGAACAUUCGCGACUUGGGCGAUUUCAGAUACGUAUGACAAUAGAAAUUAUCAACUUUUACGUAUUGGAUAUCCUCACAUUUUCAUACGUUUGUCAAAGAAAGCAUUUUCAGAAAAACAAUAAAUUACUGCAUCUUCAUCAACAUGUGCUUGAUUUGGUUAUUUUUACUACCUUAAGUAAUAGGAAGUAAAAUAUUUUUUGACCGUAAAUAUCAACUUAAAGGUUUUGGGAAAUAAAAUAAAUUUGAUGAGUUUUGGCACA